CUGAAUAAAGUGCAAUCAGUAGACAAGCCGCUACCAGAUGCAUAUAUCCAUUUACAUGCCCAGAUCACAAUGCCACUUGACAAAGGAUAUAUCUGUUCCCUCUUAUCACUGCUGAGGGCAGUGGCAACGUGGUAGUGAGACCUUUAUUAGGGAUGAAAAGAUAGCUGACAUCUAUCAGUUCUGCAACCUGACAGCAUGCCAUGGGGAACUGUUGGACUCAGUGCUUGGGGAUAUUCAGAAGGGAAGCCAACCGAAUUCAGAGAGGAGGAGGGUCAAAGUAUUUCAGAAGCGGUACUACUGGCGAACACUACACCAUAGAGUUUGAGAAUCUCGUGGAAAGUGACGAGGGUGAGAGCUCACAAAGUUGCUUAAGACCUAUCAGUGAGGAGGAGGUGGGCCAUCUGAAGGAGCACCGAUAUGAUGCUAUCUCUGACAGGCAGACACUGAUUGAUGCUAAACUGAACGCGGAGUUAGUGGCACAAGAGGAGAAGUUAAGGCUAGAAGAGGAGGCUAUUUAUGCUGCCCAGCGUGAGGCUGCUCGGUUGGCACGGGAACGAAAGCUAAAGGAGAAAGAGCAGCUUGCACAGAAGACCAAAGGCAAAGCGGAAGCUGACAGCAGUGGUACCCAUCAGAAAAAGCAGGUGUCGGGUGGUGAUUUUGAAGUUUACCUUCAGAAUGUGAAGGCCCAGUCAGAAGCAUUCAGGAGUGGCAGACUUUCAUCUGAAACUAAUGUGGUUACUCCUAACACUGAAAGUAGCUGGGACUUCACCAGUAAAACCCGCUCGACCAACGAUGACGCCACCUCACUGGACCUGGAGUGGGAGGAUGAGGAAGGGAUGAACCAGGCAGGUCCGGCGUGGGAACGCUCUAAGACAGAGGAAGACAUCCUGAGAGCGGCGUUAAGACCAGGGGGCAAGCAGCUGGGCAGUGGUCCCACUUCAACAUCCGAGGAUUCCAACGCCCUGGAGUGGGAGAAUGACUUUGUGAGUGCGCACAUAGAGGACAACGGUGACCAUGAUGAUGAAGAAUUUGAAGGCUUCGUCAAUCCUGUGUUGGAUACGCCUACUGAGGAAGCUGAGGAGAAAUCCAGCCCUGAGAAUGAGGAGAGAUAGUCCUAACGAGACAGGAGUAAUCUUAACCUCACCUCGCAGUGCAUUCAAAAGGGACGACUCAAAUGAGCAAUACAGAUACUCAGAGUUAGUCCGUGGUCUCAACAAUUAUUGAAAGGGAGGCAAUGGGUAGGGAUCUGUUCAUUGGCAAAAAGGGAUUACUUUUUUUUUCAGUUUAGCUUGAUUCAUGCGGUAUCAGAAAUGACUCUUCCAUGUGCUUAAACAAUCUUUUUUGUUUUUCUUUUGUUUUUAUGAACUGUGAUAUGAUUUAGAUUCAUCUUCUGACAACGGGUCGACAGAUUCCGUACUUACGGUGUACUUUCCACACAGUGGAUGUCAGGAUAAGUUUUGAUAGAGGGCUUUUUUGCUGAAUUUAGAACUGUCCUGUCCUACAGUGACUCUAAAAAGGAAUCAUUCAGUUCAGCCUUAUUUUAGAAGUCGCGCGUCAAUGUAACACGUCAUUUAAUCAAGUGCAAUUUUUCAUCUGGUGUGAAGUUUGUGUGAGACGGUUUACAUUUUAAUGGAGCGAGGUGCAUUGUGGUGUUCACCCAUUUUCACCCAAGUCUUUGAAUUCAAUUUGAAAACACAUUUUGAACUGCUUUAUAGUGCCUAAACAACAAAGAAGUAAAAAAGAAAAAGAAAAAGAAAAA